AUGUCAUUCAACGACCGAACGAUCGACUUGACAGAUGAUGUGGCCCAACGUCUUGUGAAUAUUCUAAUAAUUUUAAUUUAAUAGAAUGCAAAAUGCUUAUAUUUAAAUUUAUUUCUGUUUCUUUAUUAAUAUCCAUGUACCAAUGCCGAGUACCAGACAAAGUUUAUUGUGUCAAUGAAAAAUGUUCAGACCCUAUAUCGAAAGCGAGGACGCUAUUGUCUUACACAAGUGCCGAUCCAGACCUUAUAUCUUUUCGUGGGAACGCCGAGGCCGUGGUGUACAUGAAAUCAGCUGGGUCUAACCCAGAUUUGUGGUAUGCUACUAUCAACGGAAAAACGGGCUUUGUAAACUCCCAGUUUCUAAGAGAACAUAAAGUAAUACAAAAAACUGCUCAACUGAGGGUAUUUCCUUUAGAAUAUAGGAGGAAUACUCAGCCUGAUCUACAGCCUAAUAAAGUGCAACAAGCACAUGAAGUUAUAGAAGGAACAACAAUUUUUACUACUGAAUCUGGGGAUGCAACUACACAAGCGGAGAGUUUUACUGAGCCCCCUGCUCCUUCCAACAGUGAUAAUGUUACUCCAUCCCUUUCUGAUUCAGUGCAGGAAACUCCGAACAGUGAUAAAAUAGAAGAAAAUGUAGCUAGAGAAGAGUCCAAUGCUAGUGGUGAACUUAAUGAGAAUAUCCCCAGUAAUCUGCCAAGUGAACCUCAAGAAACAUCACAGUUGCAAAAUGAUGAAAGUAGUGUUAGUUCAACUGAAGCUAGUGUACAAAAUCCUCCAGAAAAUGAAGUGCCUCAAGAAAGUAAUAGUGAGAAAGAACCACAGGAACCGCAGCCACCACAAGUGCCCAAUGAAGAACCAGCCCCUACUGAAGUUUCUGAGACUAUUGCCAAUGGUGAGGACUCCAGCAGUCAAAACGUAGAAGCAACUGAGAAACAAGAUGUCCAAGAAGAAAUUAAAUCUGGCAAUGAAAAUAUUGCAGAACAAAACACGCCAAACCCCACUGACACUGCCACAGAAAUCAAUCAACUUGCUCCGGAAACAACAACGGAGACUAAAACUGUGCCUGAAACAACAAGUGAGACUACAAUUAAUAAUGUGAUUGUUGCCAAUCCUGACCUCCCAGAAGUCAUUGAAACUAAGGAUGAAAAUAGUUUAUUUGGUAGUUUCUUCAGCCAAGAAAACACUGACAACUCAAAUGGUGCCAGUUCUACACCUUCUCCUAUUGUAGAAGAAACUCCGUCUACAACGGAAACUGAUAAUGUAAACACUGACCAGACCACACCUCGUCCGUUACAACAAGAAACUUCACCGAGUCCUGCUGUUAUACCACCUAGCUUUCCAGAUAUGGCCAACAAUAUCUACAAUUAUCCACCUAUUCUAGCUCCCCCUUCAGUAGCAAAUGAAAUACCAACUAACAAUAAUAAUAUUAAUAGUCAGUCAGCAAGUGUACCAGAAAGCAGUGUGUAUACAUACACCACACAGCCACCUGUAGAAGAACCAAGCACCAAUGUCAACAGUUAUACGACCAGUGAACCUGAUGUUUCUACUGAAAUUCCAUACAGUGAACCGGCUGUAAAUACUGCCGACAACCCCUCACAAAGUCAAUCUUCAUCUGAACAAACUGAAGAGGCUUCUGAACCACCACCGCCUGAUUACAGCACAAUGUCUACUGAUGCUUUAAUCGAUGAUAUAUUUACUUCAACCACUGAAAGUCCAACACCUGCAGAAGAAAAUGGGGAAGGCAUUUUAUCAAACAUUUACACAACUAUAUCAGACCUCUGGCCAAGUAGCACAGAGGCACCGGCCACAGAAAGUUUAUUUAAUACUGAAUACAGUUCUGUGAGUGAAAAGAAGGUUGAUGAAGGCUUUUCAUUCAUCAAUUUUAUAAUGAGCGGCAUAAUGGGAUCAAAACCUGAAUCACAUGCAGUUUUUAUGUCUGGAGGCGAGUCCUGUUUCUCAGAAGAUUACUGCGAUGGCACGUCCAACACCGGCAACAGACUGCUUACGUUCCUUUUAACAACAGCUACUUCCGUGCUGCUCUUCACCCUAGGCUACUACUACAUAGACAACAAGAGGCAAGAUGGGAAACUCAUUGGCACCAUCAAUUCGCUACAAAGGGAUUUACUUUUUACCAGUAAGGAGUGUGAGAUCCUCAAAGAGGAGCUUGCGACUACUAAAAGCAAGCUGGCCGGCAUCGAAGACAGUUCCUUCGGGAAGGACGAUAUGGUGCAAUCUCUGAGGGAAGAGAUCGACGAGCUGAAGGCACAGAACGAGAGGCUGCGUAGAUCGUUGGACGACAACGAGAAACUGCUUAGAGUCUCCGAGAAUACGGCCGGCGAGCUGCAGAAUACCCUUGGGGAGGUCGAGAAUACUCUCAGUGAGCUCUUGGGUGAGAGAGCUAACUCUGAAGAGCAGAUUGCUGAAUUGAACGGUAAAGUGCAGGCCUUUGAAGAGGAGUUGAUUUCAGUCAGUAGAGAAAGAGAUAACUAUCAGCUCAAGUAUGUGUCGGCGGAGACAGCGCUAGAGGAGGCGAAGAAACAAAACGUUAAACUGGAAGAACUAACGCAAAAGUUAUCAGAGUCUAACAAUACGAUUGAAUUGCAGAAGCAUGAAAUCACUGCUCUCAAAGAAGCAUUAAAAGACGUGAAAAAUGGACUUUCCCCCAAUAUGGACGUGUCGUCGCUAAUAGACCACACCGAAAUCAAAGCUAAACUAGCCAAAGCGUUGGAAGAGAAGCAGUCAUUUGAAAAGAAAUUUGAGGUGGAAUACAAAGAAAGGAAGCGACUGAGUGACGAGCUAAGUGUAACUCAAGAAUCGCUCCAAACAACUAGCCAGCAGGCAACCGAGGCGUUGACGAGGCUGGAAGUGCUUGGGAAAUACUUCCAGGAAAGAGAAACUGAACUUAUGAAAGAGUUGAGCACCAAAGAAUCCCUUUGGCUAAGCAAGCAGGGUGAAUCUGCGAGCACCGUAGAGAAAAUUGAACUUCUACAGCAGGAGGUUCAAAGGCAUAAAGAAAAAUGCGACGCGCUAGCCCUAGAGCUUGCAGAACAAGAGUCUAUGCGUCGCACAGCAGUGGGCGAGGUAGAGGCGCGUGCGCACUCCGCUUGGCUAGAGGCCCGAGCGGCUAGGAGAGAAGCCGAUGCGGCGAGAGAUGAGGCCGCAACGCUGCGAAGAAAGCUGGCCUCUGUGGCCGCACCUGGGGCCGCCUCCCCACAUCACAAAGUAGCGUCACCACUAGACGCCACGGACAACGUGCCGCCGCCGCUGCCGCCGCUAGCGUUCCUGCCGCCGCCGCUCCUGCCGCCGCUGCCGCGCGCGCCGCCGCCGCUGCUGCCGCCGCUACCGCGCCCGCCGCCGCUGGGACGGCUGCCUUCACCACACCCGCCGAGAUACGGCGACAGGCGUUACUCGCCCGACAGUAGAUACUCGCCAGAGAGCAGAUACUCGCCCGAGACAGUGCGCUACUCGCCCGACAGCCGCUACUCGCCGCUGUACCACUACUCGCCCGAAGGCAGAUACUCGCCCGAGACAGUGCGCUACUCGCCCGACAUGCGCUACUCGCCCGACAGCCGCUACUCGCCGCGCUCGAGGCGCUCGCCCUACUCGCCGCGCUCGCGGAGACGCUCCAGCAGAGACAGGUACUCGGACGGGCGCGGGUCGCGGUCACGCAACGGGCCGGCCGACACGGAGACGGAGUACAACUCCGACAGUCCCACGCGCGAGCCGCGCCGCCGCCGCCGUUACUCCAGGCAUGAUGGUCCAAGCUCAGGGUCGGGAUGCUCAUCGGAAUCGGAUAAAUGAGAAUCAUAGUGUUCGUUAGGUUACUGUAAUGAUCUAAUAUUGUUGAGGCCAAAACUAAACUCGGCGGGGAUUAGCUGGUAACGAGACGUUAACAAUCACAACGGAAUUGGUAACAGUAGACGACUGCUUUAAACACUGUUAUUAUAAAUAGAAGCACUAGAAACAAAUUAAGCAGAGCAGAGAAAUAUGUACGCUGCAGCUCAGAAAUAAAUGAAUUAGCAAAAAGA